AGCUGGAUGCUGCUGAGAGAUCUUUCAACACAGGUAGGGCUGCUGCCUUGCCCCAGUUACCUUUUUCCUUAUCUUUACUCCCACUCAGAAGAGUGGGAAAAUAAAAAAGUGAUCCAUUUCUCAGCCAGGUGAAGCCUGUGCUGAGAAGCCUGAAGGCUGUGGAAUUUGUCCAGGUGGUACCAUCUUAUGCCAGUUACUAGUUCAAAAGCAGGCUUUAUGUUGCCAUUUCCUUAAGUGAUAAUCCAAGGAACUGCAAUUCCCUGUCAUACAUGUGGUAGUUCUUUUAUUUCCAUAGCAAUUGCUGCUAUAGAAAUAAAUGGGUAUGUGCCAAACUCUAUUUGCACAAACAGUCACUUUAACACUUUAGUAAAGAAGGACAAAUAGAGUGGGGUGUGUUGCAGCUGUGCAUGAUAAUUAGUGCUUUACAAGUGUUAAAAAGGAACAUCUUGUAAGUGUGGCAUUUAAGUGGUAAACCAGGAUGGACUAUUGGUUUCUGUGCUGUAACUCCACUUCCUUAGGCGGGGUUGUGCUAGAGCUAGGUCUGUAGAGCAGUCAGGGCUAGAGCAAGGAGAUGGGCAAGACCAUGUUGCUCUGAAACAGGUCCUACCUGAUGGUUUGGAUCUUUCUUUCAGCGUAGUUCAACUUAAAAACCAGGCCAUGUUUAAGGAAAGAAUUUUAAUCAUAAAAAUGGGCAGAGUCUAUCCACCCAUAGUCCCCUGGUAUUAGGUCUCUCAUGUGGUAACAAAAAUGUUUUAAAAACAGGGGUGCUGCAGUGAAGUGUUACAGCGCAGGUGCAAUUGGAGAUAACCUUAAUCUUUUAACUGGCUGCUGCUAGGGCUUCCUGAGUAAGCCCUUCAGUAGCUGAGCAGGGCGCUGACCCAGCCAUGCCAGAAGCAAUAGUCAGCAAGUUUAAGGGGUAUGUGUACAGAAACAGCAGUAACACCCUUUUCUACAGUGUCGAUCCAUGCCCUGACACAUGCAUGCUGCUUCAUUCAGGACUUCCCCUGAGGAUCCCUGAAAGCCUUUCACGCUGACUCUCUCCCUUUGGGGCACACAAGGAAACAGACAGCUGAAAGUGCACAGAGAAACUGAAUGUCUAACUGUAUCCCUGGAGGUGGGAGAAAGGGUCUUCCUUUGCUUUUGUGUCACUCCUCAUGUGAGCUACAGCAAAACAAUGCACCUGGGCAUUGCCCUUGGGAUACUGCAAUUAAAACCAAGUAUUCAUCGUGUCUUCUCAAAGUCCCAGAGCACAUAAAGGCUGUCCCCUGCUCUCUACAUCCUCAUAUUAGACUAGAGGCAGGUUAAGGUGUCUGUCCUCGACUUUACUGUCAGCAACCUACCUCCACUGUGUCUAGAUCCUUUUUUUGAAGCUUCUAAUGGCUCUACCUGGCUGGGUGGCAGAUGCCUUCCAAGGGCUUGAUCAAAACUUGAGCUAUACUUUCCCAGAAACGAAAACUUUCCCUCCCCUCAAACAUCUCCAGAUGUGCUUUCUCAAGAAAUGCAGGGUACUCUGGACCAAAACAAAACCACCCCUCAGUUGCCCCACCAAAACAGCGUUGUAAUAAAUACACUCUUCUCCCACAAGGGAAUGAUCAAAAUGCCAACUCUCUGUGAUAGAGAUUAGCUGAAUUGUUUAAUCUACUACAUACUUAGGUACAACAAUAGCUAUACAAGGAAUCCUAUAAAACAGGGUUAGUUUUUAAAAUACUGUAUAUGUAAGUAAGUCUGGGUUUAACUUCUAAGUGUAAAGAAUGUCAUCCAUGAAAAAGCUGUCAUCUUCCAUUCUUUAUAAAUGUUGUCCUUUUCCACCACCUUCUCUUGUUGCUUUAUCUUUUUUUUCCCCUUCUUGUUCUGCUUCUCUACUCUUUCUUUCCUGGAUAUCUUUUUGUCAGGUACUGCAGAGAAGUACAGUAGGAUUGGAGGCACUUUCCCAGUUUCUCCAGAGAGCAGUCCAGUCUUGUCUGUAGUUUAGCUACCUCUGUGGUAGGGCUGUUCUUGCUGCUUCUGAGUCUGCCAGCUUUAUCUCUCAUGCCCAGGGCCACGUCUUGGCUGACUUCCCUCCCCUCCUUUCUUUCCCCCCUGCUCUGUGUGCUUCCCAAGAUGUCUAUCACCCAGAGCUGGAACUGAGGUGCCUGUACAAGACAGGUUCUGUUGCAUCCCUUCUUAAAUUUCACAGAGUAAAUUUAUCAAACCUGCAGAGCAGUCUGCUUUCAUGUGCUCAGGUGCUGUUUUGAAAGCUACUGGCAAUGGAGGAAAUUGGGUACCUUUUACCCCUUGUCCAAGCCCAUUUGCUGUGUUGUCUAGAAAAAGAACAACUUAGUUACUGACACAGUAUAUGCAUUUGUGUAACGCAGCUUCCCCUAACAGAUUACUGGAUGGUGGCUUGCAGGAGAUCAGCAGGAGCUGACAGGCAAGGGUUAGAAAACUUAGGAACAAAUCUGCUGGAGGGCAGGGUGGGAAGAGAUCCUUCUUUUUCCCUGUACAAACUCCAUGGCUGCCUUCAAUUUUGACACUUAAAAUGGUGUGAUCAUGUUUGGCACUACAUUGUUUGUUUGUUUGUUUCCCCUGCAAUAAACAGCAAUUGCCAGCUAACUGGCAAGACAUGGUUUGCUCCCAACCUGAACAGGAGUUACACCCAGCCCUCCUUGCCCCAUCGUGUACCCAUGUGGCUCCUGCAGGCAGAGCUCCUGCUGGACAGUGUCUGUGUUCCUGUUUACCUUAACACCUGGAGCAGGACUUAUCACUUAAAAUGUACCAAUGCGAAAAUUCGACGAGAUAUUAGUGCAGCAAAUAGCUGUGGAGAAAUAGUCCUUUUCCCCUACCUGAUUUCACCUAGCUUUUACCUUAGCCUGUACCAGUCUGAAAGCAAGGACAUGUUUAUCUGCAACACCAGGUUCAUCUAGUAAUGCUGCUCCAUGUUCCUCGCUUUAGAAAAAAAAAAAAAAAUUCUUUGAAAGAUUUCCACUUCAGUGGUGCAAGACUCAUUCAAAAAGAUACUGAGAUGCUGUAGCUCUGAAUUAGAGCCUGCAGUGAUUUACCAGGCUUUGUUCUUAGAGAUAAAUUGUCUCUGGAGCACAUCUAGUUGCAAGUCUUGAUUUGUUCCCAUCCCAGCCAGGGCUUAGGAACCCUACAGUGCUCUUGAGGCAUGGGUCACAGUGCUAUAGGAAAUGCUCCUGAAAAGUAUGGUUCAGUGAAUGCUGUACUAGUGGUUUCUGGGGUAGAAUAGGAUUGUUCUUAACUCACUGGAGCUGAAUCUUGCCAUUGUUUUGCCUGAAAUCUGAUAGAGCAGACUAAAGGGAGAUGUCCGGCCAGCCUUCACGACCUAUACAAGCUUACAUGAACGAAAAUACGUAUUUAGCUUUUUCUCUGCUACUGCCUUUCCUUGAUCCAAAGUCUGCAUCCAAAUAUCCUUCCAUCUCUUCUGCUAAGGAUUUAUAUAUACCUGUUUGGUUUCCCUAAUGCCUGUGUUCACGGCAUUAAAAUAAAGCAGUGUAACAGAGAAUAUAACAGAAGUGCUUAUGGGGCCUCUCUUGAUCCUGUAUGAAAGUUGACUUCCCAUAGAAGGUGAUCAACAAGAAAAAAUCCUGCUCUGCAGCACCUGGAAAACAUGGAAGGUGUCGCCUUCCUUUCUUCUGAACUUUACUGCCAAGUGGUGAUGCACAGCGCUGAUGCUUAUGUGCAGGGCCUGGGGUCCCUUGGGCAUCAGCACAGAGCUGACUCUGCAGUGCAACUGAGAUAGUGCAGUGGUGCGUUUCCAAGCCCACAUGCUCUUUGACAGGCAGUCUAUGCAGUUUUAGUUUUUGAUAAGGCUACGCCUUAUCCGUGCAGGAUUUAAGCAGUGCAGCUGACACAGUCAGUUUCCCAUUACAGAAAAAGCUCUGGUUGAUAUGGCUUUAAAACCCUUGUGAAAGCCCUCCAGUGACUCCUUUCGUGUAUUAAAUUACUUUAAAAAUAUUUAGGGGAGAGCAUAAGACAAAACAGUGUUGACCAGGAUGCUCUUGUAUGUCUGUAUAAUCCAGUAAGAAAAAACCUACUGUUGGGAGAGAAAUGCUGCUCCAUUUGAUAGACUUCCUGGUGACCAGCUAUAGACGUGACCCAGUUAUUACCCGGUUACUCAAUAAUACCCGGAUUCAUAUCAUGCCAACAAUGAAUCCUGAUGGAUUUGAAGCUACAAAAGUGCCUGAUUGUUACUACACGCCAGGAAGGUACAAUAAGAACAGACAAGAUCUGAACAGAAAUUUCCCUGAUGCCUUUGAAAAUAACAAUGCUAGCAUUCAGCCAGAGACUCAAGCAGUAAUGGACUGGAUAAAAAAUGAAACGUUUGUUCUUUCGGCAAACUUGCACGGGGGUGCCCUGGUUGCCAGUUACACCUUUGAUAAUGGUAACUCAGUUACCGGCUCUUUGAAAGGCUAUAGCAGGUCUCCAGAUGAUGAUGUCUUUAUUCAUCUGGCAAAAACUUAUUCUUUCAACCAUGCCAGCAUGUACAAAGGGACUGGGUGUGACAACAGACAAACCUUUCCGGAAGGCAUUACCAACGGGUAUUCUUGGUACCAGCUGGAAGGUGGAAUGCAAGAUUACAACUACAUCUGGGGACAAUGUUUUGAAAUUACAUUGGAGCUGUCAUGCUGUAAAUAUCCUCCAGCAAACCAGCUGGAAAAGUUUUGGAGAGACAACAAAGCUGCUCUGAUCGAAUAUAUAAAACAAGUACAUCUAGGUGUCAAGGGUCAAGUUACUGGUAAGAAUGGGACUCCUAUUCCCAAUGCCAUCGUGGAAGCCAAAGGAAGGGCUCAUGUCUGCCCCUACAGAACAAAUCAACAAGGGGAAUACUUUCUUCUCCUCCUGCCUGGGACGUAUGUCAUCAAUGCUACUGUACCAGGAUAUAAAUCGAUGCUGAAGACAGUGGAAAUUCCUGACAAUACUGGUAACUUCAGUGCUUUGAAACAGGACUUCUCUUUCUCAGAAGUCUCUAUCAAACCAGAAGUGCCUUCAUGCCCCAAAACUCCCCUCUACCAAGAGCUCGAACGGGCAUCAGCUGCAGUAAAACCAACUCUACAUAUCUUGGGCUUAAUGACUGUUAUGCUUGUGAUCUUCAAAUAAAGUCAGGACUGAUGUGACAUGGCAAGGCAAAACCUUCCUGCACAAAUGUGGCUUUUCAGACAAGGAAUCGUAUAUGCAAAAAGAAUGUAUGUUUUUAUAAACCAAAUUCUCAGAUUCACAGUCAUCUUUAUCGUAUUUUGUAAAAUACUGGCCCAACAAUCAAAUGUUUUAAUUAUACUACUGUAUUUUUCUACAUAAAUAUUUUACUCUAAAGAAAUUCUGUAUAGCCAAGGGAGAGAACUAUAGAAUUUUGAUGCAGAAGGUACAAAUACAUUCUGAAGAAUUCGCCCGAGUUAAAAAAGUCCAGGACUGAAUUGCCAGUUUUUCAUGCAAGCUCAGGUUCCUCGUUGAGCCACCAGCUCAUGUGCCACACAACUGUAAGCAAUUAGCUCAGUCCCAACUUCUCACAAUAAAGCCACUGCUAUAAAUGAGGAAUGACAUUUUUACGUAUGCUCUUUCUUACCUGGACAGACGAG